GCGUUCAUUCUGACUAUUCUGCUCCUCUUCAUCACCUUCCUGACGAUAGCAGGUAACGCUACAAUCUGCUUCAUCAUCAUAUAUUUUAAAAGAUUUCGACGCUCUAACUAUUUGGUGACCAGCUUGGCGGUGAGCGAUUUGCUGGUCGGUGUAGUAGUGAUGCCACCGGCCAUAAUUUAUCAAGUAUCAGGCGACUGGUACUUCGGUUCCAUCUUAUGUCACAUUUGGCUCAGCGCCGACGUGCUCAACUGCACUGCCAGUAUCUUCAAUCUUUGCAUGGUUUCCAUAGACCGAUUCUGGCUGAUCAUGAAACCGCUAAAAUAUGAAACGAAGAGGACGAAGCUACGGAUGUCACUGUACAUCGCCAUCAUUUGGUCUCUAGCCAUGUGCAUUAGUUUGCCGCCCCUUUUAACGAUGGGAAACGAGUAUGAGGAAAUACAAAACGGGCCCACGGUCUGCGCGCUUUACCAGCAUUUUAUCUACCAAAUCUACGCGAUCAUAGGGAGCUUCUACAUUCCACUCCUCGUCAUUAUUCCAGUCAGUAUAUCAACUUAA